AUGGGGGCUUCCUCUUGCUCCUCCGUGCGGCUGCUGCUGCCGCUGCUCUGCCUGCUGGGCUUCUGCUUCGCGGCGAGCCACCAGAAGUCGGACUCGUGCGACGGGGACCUCCAGGUGGCGCGCCUCGUGCCCUUCGACACCGACGCCUUCCACUGCAUCACGCUCUGGAAGGACGAGGACUUCAUCCUCAGGUACAAGAACACGGGGACGAGCCAGUGGAGCUUCGUGCUGUCGGCGCCGGAGAAGAGAUCCUACGUGGCGGUGGGGUUCUCGGGCAAGGGGGGCAUGGUGGGCAGCAGCGCCAUGGUCGGCUGGUCGUCGGGCGGCAAGGGCGCCGCCAAGCAGUACUACCUGCAGGGCAGGAGCCCGGAGGCCGUGACGCCGGACGACGGCCGGCUCACCCUGGUCAGGAACCGGACCGUCGCCGUGUCCAAGUCCGGUCGGCUCUACCUGGCCUUCGAGCUCAGCACCGACCGCCCGCAGCCGUACCUGAUCUACUCCGUGGGCUACGAGGGCAGCCUCCCUUCCUCCUCCGACUACACGAUCCAGAUGCACCGCGACAUGGGCUCCCGCUCCUUCAAGUUCGCCUCCGCGUCGCCGUCCAGCGCCGGCGGCGAGUCGGGCGAGGAGGGGUUCCCGGCGAAGAGGUGGCACGGGCUGCUGUCCAUGAUGGGGUGGGGCGUGCUGCUGCCGAUGGGCAUGAUGGUGGCGCGCUACUUCCGGCGGCAGGACCCCUACUGGUUCUACGGCCACAUCGCCGUGCAGGGGCUGGGCUUCCUCAUCGGCAUCGCGGCGGUGGUCCUCGGAUUCCGGCUCAACGGGGACGGGCUCAAGAACAUCGUGGUGCACAAGGUCAUCGGCAUCUCCAUCCUGUCCAUGGCAUGCCUCCAGGUGACGGCGGUGCUGGCGCGGCCGGACAAGACGUCCAAGGUGCGGCGGUUCUGGAACUGGUACCACCACAACAUCGGGCGCGUGGCCAUCCUGCUCGCCAUGGCCAACGUCUUCCUCGGCCUCACCAUCGCCAGGGAGGUGAGCGCCUACAUCGUCUCCUACGGCGUCUUCGUCGCCGUCUGGAUCAUGGCCGUCGCCGCCUUCGAGUUCAAGCGCUACUACGAGGACGACGACUGA